AUGAUGUUCCCUCAGAAGCCGGACCAUGGCAAAGUGGUAGACGUGGCGUCCAACGCCGUGCCGAAAUCGCCGCAUUCGGCACAUCCCCAGCAGCACUUAGAGCCCUCUGAGGCUGUCGGGGUCAACCACAUGCUGGCGGCUCGAGGAAGCUGCCGGGCCUUCGCUGAGCAGAGUUGCUUGAAUCCCGCCUUAGAUGCACAGCCCGACGCGCAGCGUAUAUUGGAACAAGCCUCUGAUAGUGGACUUGCCACCAGUACACGUAGGCUCUCAGUGGAGCAAUGCCGAGAAGACACCUGUGAUGCUGAAGCCUGUGUGGAUACGACCAACGAGCUCCGCUGCCGAGGAUGCCUCCGCAACUGCUUCCGAUACUGCCUAUUCCAGCAUGAGCUGCUCUGUAUGAGGCGAUUGUGUGCAUCAUCUAUCCUCGCUGCUGUAGACGCUUUCGUGAGGACUGUCGGCAGCGGGCGUGGUCCGUGGGCGGGGAAGGGAGAGGCCUUGUCCAAAGCCAUUGGUGUCCAUUUCUCCACCUUACAAGGACAACAGAUAGACGAGACCGCCAAAUGGGUUCAUCAAAUCCUGGAUCGAGAUGUGACACAUCCUCAGUGCACAGAAGAUCAUACAGCUGACAGCGAUCCGACGGGAUACCUCCGCAAAUUGGUCGGUUAG